GUGUCCAGGGCUUUUUAAACCGUGCGACCGUUAAUGAGAAAUGGAAAUCAGGUUUGAGUAAAUAGAUGAAUCCGAUGGCGGAUGGGUGAGAGUGGUUAAUAGAUGCCCCCGGGAAGAAGUUCAAGAAUCUUACUGCAUGAGGAAGCAGGCCCGUGAAUAAAAAUGAGUUCAAAUAAUAAUCACAAACCAGCACAGGCUGAUGAAGGAAACUGUGAACUUCAAGGAACAUAUGACAGCACAACAAUUGGUCAUGAUGGUCUCAAAUCCUACUGGGAUAGGAUAUUUGCUCAUGUUAAGGAUGAACUUCCCUCCAUUGAUUCAGACUUGUCAUCAUCUGGUUCAGAAGAUGGUGAAAUUGCUAUUUUCCAACGUGGUACUAUGGGGCUAAUUUCACACAUGCCCGAGGAUCUGGGGGACUUGUCACUUGAUGAUCCUGUUCUUGAGGAAAUGCUGGAAUCUGCAAGAUGGCCACGUGAGGCUUGGGCAAAAGAUUACAAAGGAAGACCAUCUGAGCAGGACAUUCAGGGUGAAAAUUCAACACAUUUAGAAAAUUCCACCACAACUAAUAAAUGCAUAGUGACUGAAACUGGUCCUUUAAUUGACAACAAUAUUGAAAAAGUAAUGUUGGGCCAAUCAGCAGCUCCUAUCACCAGUGACAGUGAGAACUCACUGAGCUUGGAAGCAGAAUCCAGGCCUAUUAAAAAUAAAUAUGUUGCGGAUCUAAGAAAUAGUGGUGGAGGAGAACCACAAUCAUCCAUAGUACCCAAUGUCAUUGACAAUAAGGAACAGAAAAUCCUAAGAUGUCAAGGCAAUGGGGAUAGAAAUUUAGAUUACUGCUGUAUUCCAACCAAAACAAUAAUUGGACUUUCAAAAUUGACAACUGAAAAGAACCUUGUGCAAAAUAGCUCCCUAAAAACUCCAGAAACAGUCUUGCACAAAGAAAUGUUCACAGAAAGGCAUUUAAUGAAUUCCAGUCAAGACCAGGAAACUACAAAAGUGCCAAAAGAAGGGCUAAAGAGAAGGAAAUCAACACAUACUAGAAGGCAUAGCCACAGACCACCUAUACUGUCUUUAAAGCCUAUAGAGCAAAUAGACCUCGAUGGGAUCUUAAAGAGUCUACAACAGGUGGAAAAGAGUAGCAGCAAAUUUGACAACGUUGUGAAUGGAACUUGGCCUGCUUCAGUACCUUCUCGCAUUAAUAAUGAGCAGACCCUUAUGGAACAGCUCACCUCGUUAUCUAUCAAGCAGUCAGGAGGAGCUGUCACAUUGAAUAACCAAACACCAGUGUAUAAUGGAGAGCACCAAUCCAACAGGGUGACAUGGAACAAACUUGAUGGAGACAGAACCAACAAACUUAAACAAUUCCUAAGUCCUGAAGCAAAUACAUGCACUAAGUGGAUGGAAGAAAAACUGACAAUGAGAAGGGCUUCUGAACCAAAAACAAUUUUCAUUGAUCUGCGGAAUUGGGAACAGGAAAAAAGCACGUUGCAGAGAGACAGCAGAGGCAAGAAGGAAAAGCUCACAUAUUUGCAGAAAGAAAGUUCUCCGGAAUCGUCCUUUGAGGAAGACAACCAACAUAGUAUGUCAGCCCAAGACAGUGACCGAGAGCAGAAAGAUCCUGAGAGUGAUUCAGAUUACAAUGACUAUACUGGUAAAAGCAUGCUACUAAAGAAACUGCGAAAAGUCUCUGUCAAGUCCUCAAAAAUGACAGCCAGUAAUCCUAAAAGUGUAGCUGAACAGGCACAAACAACUGGCGAACAGAUCAAACCAGCCCAGAAGAAGAGAAAGAAAGUAAAAAAUGAAAACAAUAAACCUGUUGGUGAGCAGCAUACGUUGCCCUUGGCUGCAGACUGCAACGUAGAGAGAAGAGCCCUAGAGAAGCUCAGUUCACCAAGUGACCAAUGCAUCCUCACACCUCCUCUGACACUGAAAAAGAUCACUUCAAAAGUCAUAAUUCCAGCUGUCAGACAAAAUGAACCGACACUGCCUCUAGGCGAACAAUAUCCUGAAACUUUAAAUAGUAAUCCAUGUGGCAGGCUGCAACCAAAUGAUCAAAUGCAGAGAGAGUAUUGCAGGAAAGAGCAGCAGAGCCGUCAGAGGUUGCACAGGCAGCUGGACAGCCUGAAGCCCUUGAAGUCUGUGACAGGAAUGCAGUGCAGCGCAGAGGGAACACCACUCCUCUUCCACACGGAAGCCUCCUAUUUGCCCAAAAUCAGCACUUUACUCCAGAAAGGAAGAAGUGACAUGCUUCUAUUGACAGUCCAACUCUCCAGCUGUGGCCAACUGGCAACUAAUAGACAACAGACCAGUCAUUUGCUGGACAGUAAGAUGACCACAGUCAACUUGUAUAAUGCGCUGGUGUCAUGGUUUCUUUCCCUGGUGCCAACUCAACUACUUGCUGUAAACAGAUUACAUGACGGCUGUGCUGACCUUGAGUUGAAGGCACCAUUUCAGGUGCUGGGACUUCAACAGGUGUGGCAAGAAGAUGGCCUGGCCACUUAUGUUUGUGUGGUGCCAAUGACUCAGGCUCCAAACCCCAGCAAGACCGCCUGCAAUAAGAACCGGAAAAACAAGACAAAAGAGGAACUACGAGGAACUUCAAUAUUUUAUGAAGUGGUUGUGAAAUUUUUAUCCCAAGCGUGCCUAAAAGCAGUGAUGUGGUGGAGUAAGCAACUGAAUGAUUCUCUUCGGGAACAGAUGUUCCCUCCAGAUGUCUACCUUCCACCAGUUUGUCUCAACUCUGUGAUUUCUGCCAAUCCAGAUCUCAAGGCUGUUAAGAAAAUAUUUGAGAUUGAGAUGGGGUUUUAUUGGCAGACCAUAGAGACAGAUGAGAGCUCCUGUCCCUCUGUGAUUGACAUUGGUGAGAGCUGUGAGGAGAAACCUGAGGUUACUAUGGCGCUACUGUUUGAGAACUUAUUGAUUAAUCCUGUAGCCCUUCAUCAUACAUUGCAGCUCAUCCUAGGAAAUGGUAUGGAUAUUUGUGGCCUUCGAUUACUCUACCCUUCAUACAGGCUCCUGGCAGACAGUGCAGGUAAGCUGCCUUCUGUUUACACUCCAGAUGAUGUUAAUCCAAGGCCUGUGUUGGCAAUGGCACUGAGAGGCAUGAAUGCAGGUUCACUGUGGAUGGACAUUGUUGGGCCCUCUGAUCCUCAACUAGCCAGUGUGACAGAUCAGCACUCCAUCAAUGCUCUUUAUUGCAAGCAUCGUGAUGAACCACUCCUGUACUCUCCACGUCAGAAAAGCCGAAUCCAUUGGGAGCUAAGUGUGUGGUUUGGUGGUAGAGUUCCUGAAAAUGGAAUUGUACGAGUUGGCAUUCAGAACCCUGGUACACAAAGUAGUUUGAAAUGCAGAUCUAACCGUCUCCAGUCUACAGGGACCUAUAUAGACCCCAGAGAGACCUGCAGACCUCCUGCUACCCUUAUUGCAACUAUUAGAGCUGAUAUCUUUCUACUAGUAUCUCCUGCUGUGCCUCCUCGUUGUUAUGGAGAUAUAAUAUCUGUCUGUAUUAGGCGAGGAUUCAGUCUACGUGGUGUACGACGCUUUCACUUGUCUCCAAAGAGAGCAGAAAGCCUUGGGAUUGCAAGUAUGCAGAUCCCAGUGUUUUGUCAGACUGGAGCCCUAAUUCCUAAUGAUUCUCCUGGUGACCCUCCCACUUCUGAGCUGCUCUGUCCCUGUUUCUUGCUACUUGUGAGGAAAGAAAAUGCAAGUCAUCAUGUUGCCAACUUAUUGAAAGGUUUAGCUAAUGAACUAGCAGAACAAGGAUUACUUGGAAGUGUUCGGAAUAGACUCCCCCCUGAUGCAGAAGUUCAGAUUGAAUCGUGUUUUCAUGUGGCUCCCUAUACUGAACAAACGCUGCAAGGCUUAGGUGGACCUCUCAGUGCUGUUCCCCAUUGUGCCAGUCUGACUCCAGAUGUACUGUAUAAACACAGCUUCAUGUGCAAUCCUGAACUGGAGCAAGUUGUUGUUCUCACUCUAACUGGGCCCACAGCCAUGAGAAAUGCUGGGAACUGUCUGCGAGACCUUCUACGGCCUCCACCAUAUAACUCACGCAACUCAUCAGGUGAAGAUCUGAUUGAUGGAGGCUUUGAACUUUUGGGGUUGAAAUGGCUGCCACAAUUAAGCCGAAACCAAGCCAAGGAAUUGACCCCAUACGAAGUGGGUGACAGACACUGGCAAGCAAGCAUUGAUUGCUUGGUAUCCAGCCCUGCCCUGGUGUGUGUGCUACGCCAUGUGGAUGCUUUCAAAGUGCUGGCUGCAGUACUCACCACACCCAAAGCCAGGGCUAGUCUGUUGAAUGAAAACUACGGUAACCUGGAAAAAGUAAUGUCACUAACCCCAGAGCUAGCCUUCAGACAGGCAACUUUGUUCUUCGCUGACAGGGAACUAAUGUCAGAUUCAGGGGCUCGGCCUUUACUGAAAUACCUAUCUCCCUCUCUCAGGUCUGGGAUAAUCAAGCCAGAUAAAGAAACGCAAACUAUCAAAACUGAAUCAAUCUUCAGCUACAUGCUCCUUGGUGCCCAGCCUUUGCUUACAGUGCUGGCUAUCAAACCUUGUGCUUGGCCACGACAUUUCGUCAAGAUACUCCGAAAAUUAGACCGGGAGCAUUUCUGUGUGGUUGGGAUGAAACUCAUCAGUCUGAAUGCAGAGAAAGCCUCACUUCUCACGCCACUUAGCAUUCAGCAGGAUGUAGGAAUGGUGAAAUGCAGCAUUGAUUUCCUGACUGCGGGUGCCUCUGUCAUUCUGUGUCUUCAACGAGAUAAUGCUGUGAGAAAGCUGCUUGACUUGCUUGGCCCAGAAGAUCCUCAGCAGGCAAGAGACCUGGACCAAUUCCUUUGGAGAGGUCACUGUGGGACAGACAGAGUCCAUAAUGGCUUGUAUGGUUCUUCAUCCUUUUUGACAGCAAUCCGGGAUGUGAAGACAUUUUUCCCUGAAGGACUUUGCUGUGAAGAGUCACAAAUGAUGUGGGAUCAGCAGAUUGCCAGUAACAGAAAGGAUUGGUUCAUCAACCCUGAGUUCCCAAAAAAAUUCAAACUGGUCAGGUCUUUAACUCUCACUCAUUUGUAUUCGGGAACACCCACAUGGCAGCAGCAGCAGCAAGACCUUCUGCUGCCCAGACCACUCUGUCAGACCAUGUGCUUACUGCUACCAUCUCCAUUCGUAAGGAGGUGCUACCAUCCACCAUUCAUUGAAGUGCUGGACCAGUUGGAGAGCUGUAAUUAUCAGCUGAUGGGAGCAAGAAUGAGCGUACUGGACCAUACACAGGCCCAGCAUGUUGCAGAGCUCAUCACUGUGGACAACACAUCUACAAUAUGCUCAUUGCUCACCAGUGGUCCCUGCCUAAUGCUGGCUCUGGAAAGAGAUAAUGGAGUCUGCUGCUUUAGUACGCUACUGUCCAGCCUUUCUUGGGAAAAGCUGGAACUUGAGGAUUGUCUGCAGUAUUUCAUCUAUCCAAAGAGUGAGCCACAGGUGGAACAAUUGAUCAGCAGUCUCUUUGACUCCCUGGCUCCUCAGAGUAUUCACCAGAUCAUGCUACAAGAUUCCUAACCUGCUGCAGUAACAAUAUUUGCAUUGUCACCUCUACAGCUCCAAUUAGAAGGCAACAACUGUUUCUAUUUUAAAGAGUGGUACAACAAAAACAAUUUAGAAAUACCUCUAUAUUUUGUUUUUCUUUUUACAUGUUUGAAUUGGUUUUCCCUAUUUAUUUUUCCGUAAUCACUCAUCUACUGUGUAGUGAAAUAAGCCUGAUGGAUGAGCUUAGACUACAGUUGACUAGCACUGCUUACUUUUUAAGAGUGAGAUCUGCUUAAAUUUUUUGGACAUUUUCUAUUGAAUCUUCUUUCAUUUCUAUUCCUAUGGUAACUCCCCAUAGUUCCCUGCAGGUAUGUUAUAGAUAAAGCUCUGCUUCCUCCUCAGCUACUGGCAAUGUGAAUUCAGGCUGGCUGACAAAACAAUGUUCAGCAAGCAGCGUGAGCUACUUAGUGUAACACAGCCAGCUCAACUGUUUAAUUUGGAGAUGUGACUAAUGAUUAGUAAAUGAUUUAAAACAUGCAGCUAUAUAGGCCCCAAAGCUACAGCCCACAGCCUACAGAACCAUUAAGAUUCAAUGUUAUGAUAUUCAAACUUAUCUCUAGCAAAGCAGAGAUGUGAAUCCAAUUAAAAGCAGGACCAGCAAGCUGUUAGUGCUUAGACUCCUUCAGGCAAACACCCAUAGAGAUUCAAGCAGUGCCAGCCAAUUCCUUUAGGAGAAAACAGGCAUUUCUUCUUCAGCUCAAUUCAAGCAUCUAUGUUAGCUCAUGAUGCCAGUCUCAAAAUAGAAGAAGAAUAGUCAGUGUCUCUCUACCUAAAAUAACUCACACUGGAAACAAAUGUUAGCAAUUGGUUAGAUCAUCUGCGCCAUACAAAUUUAACACUGCCCAUGGGGGUUCAGAUAUAGGAAUUUAAUCAGCGGUAGAGAUUCCACCUGUAAUAACAACCUCAAAAUGUCAAAGUUUUAUCAAAGUUCCAUUUUACAGAUACAUGUUGCUUAUGAACUUGUUUUAGUUGUAUUUAUUUAGAGUUUAUUGUAUGCUUCCAAUUUAAUAUCCAAAUGAAAUGACCUGUUAAAUAUAUAUUCAAAUAUUACCAUGUAAUUAUCUUCCACCUAUUGCCAACUUA